CUUUUUUUUUAACAUAAAUUUCUUGAUUCUGUGUGUGCUAUAAUGUUACUCAUUAACCUAUAUUAUACAUAGCAUCAAUGGAAGACCACCAUCUACCGAAGGAGGUUUUAGCAACUGCCCCCUUUGAAUCUUGUUAUACUAGUUUAUACAAGUUCCUUAUAGCAUAAAACCCACGUAAAAAAAUCCAGGUAUGUGCAAACCUCUGUCAUUUGGAGUGAAACUGUUGUGAAAACCUGUGCGGUAGAUGCAUUUGUCAGUUUUUAUGGUGUUCUUUUUUGUUGUUGGACAUGAAGGUCUCCAUGUCCACGGCCCCUCGGGUCCAGUUGUGGCCCAGCUGGGAGGUUCAGUCCUCCUGCCAUGCUUUAUAGAAAGCCCACUGCCUCUGGAAGGUCUGCAGGUGGAAUGGAGAAAGAAGGAUUCAGAUGCUCUAGUCAGCCUCUUCCAACAAGGAAAAAGUCGACCAGAUCUCCAGAGUCAGGUGUUUAAAGGCAGAGUCGCCUUUUUUCAAGAUGAGCUCUUGAAAGGGAACUUCUCUAUCUUACUCAAAAAUGUGCUUGAAGAAGAUGCUGGAGGUUACAGAUGUAAAGUAAAUACAAGCCAUGACGUCAUGAUGGAAGUUAGAAAUAUCAGUAAAGCAUUUAGUGGUGACAGGGGCAGAGCGAGCCAUCUUUGCCACUGCUGGUAAGGAUGUCAUACUAAACUGCUCUGUAGAUCCACGUGUACCAGCCAGCGAGAUCGAAGAAGUGACCUGGAAGAAGAUGGACAGAGAGAAAGAAAGUGACAUAUCUGUUCUGCUUUAUCAAGACAAGAGGAUCUACUCAGACUUCUCAC